GAGGCCUAGGCGUCGUGUGAAAUCGUGGAAGCCCGUGAUACGCGCGGCAAAUGGCCGCCGAUGGCCGCCGUGGUGCAGUUUCCGAGGCGGUGCGUGGUGUUGCGUGACGUCCGGGUCCGACUGCGUUCGGGUACGAUUGCGGUACCGCGUAGGCGCGUACGGGACGUGCGGUUGUCGCGUACGCCACGCGGCUUCCUGCAUCGACCGCGUCAACGUCCCGCGACAACGUCGUCGUUAUCGUCGUUGUCGCCGUUGUCAGCCUCGUCCACGUCGCGGUCGAGGUAACACCGACACCCGGGACGUGAUGUGAGCUUCGUUGACGGCCGAUCCCGAGCGCCUACACGCCGAGGAGAUUCACGCGCGCGCUGCAGUCACAAACCAUCCGAUUAGCCAGCCCAGCCAGCGGGGAGCCAGUCAGCCAGCCAGCGAGGUGCGGCUGGCGAUGAAAGCCGCGAGAACCGAUCGCGGCACAUCGGUGAUGAAAUCGGUGUCCGAGGGCGAGCUGGGCGUGGAGGAAGAGGUUAAACCUGCGGAACCGCGCGGCGCCACACGGCUCAAGCGCACCUUUACACUGCCGAGAAACCCGUUUCAAAGUGCCAGCAGCAGGAUGUCGCGGCGACGUCCGAAGCAGCAACAGCAGACCCACGGGGACUCGAGGGACGCCAACAACGGUGCGCCAAGCGCCAAGGAGAACACCAGGAACAACGCUCGUCACACGGACGUCGGCCAGCCGCCGUCUCAACAGCAGCGACAGAACAACGCGAUGGGGAGACUGCAUGGCGGUCAUCAGACCGUCGGUCAGCAGACCGGCAAUCAGGAAUCCCAGGAGCGACCGUGCGGCAAGAAGGUCUUCCGCCGGCCCUCCUGGAAGAAAUUCAUCAACAAGAUGGUGCGGCACAUGUCGAACGUGGGCACCCAGAGCCACAAGUCCGCCGCGAUGAUCCAUCAUCAACGUUGCAGUGGCGGCGGCGGUAGCGAUGAUCUCGGUUCGAGCGCGGGUGACAUCAGGGUGCCGCCACCGCGACCGGCGCACAUCCCGCCAGAUCGUGUGCCGGGUGUCAUAGGCCUACGCAAUCACGGUAACACGUGCUUCAUGAACGCCGUGCUGCAGUGCCUCUCGCAUACCGACAUUCUCGCAGAGUAUUUCGUCCUAGACCAGUACAAGGUCGACCUGUCGCGCCGCAAUAAACUCAACUCGAAGAAAUACGGCACCAAAGGCGAGAUCACGGAGCAGCUCGCCUUGCUCCUCAAGGCGAUAUGGAGCUGCCAGUACGACCCGGAGAUGAGCACCGCGUUCAAGAGCGAAUUCCUUCUCUGGCUGCUCGACAAGGUGCACGAGGAUCUCAAUCAGGCGACCAAGAAAAAAUACAAGAUCAUAAAGAACUCAUUCGGUAGACCCGACGACAUCGUCGCCGCCGAGACGCUUGCGAAUCAUGUGCGGUGUAACAACUCCUUUGUACACGCCGUAUUUCAAGCGCAAUUCCGGUCUAGUCUGACUUGUCCAAGAUGCCACCGACAGUCGAACACCUUCGACCCCUUCCUGUGCGUGUCGGUGCCGGUGCCGCAGAAUCAUCGGCAGAUGAAUCUUUAUGUGAACGUCCUCUAUACAUCGCAGCAGCCGCGGCAAGUCAAGAUUGGCGUGAGUGUGAAUCAGGCAGCCAACGUGAGAGAGCUCCGAGAGAUCCUAGCCAGCGACACCGGCGUAGACGAGAAUCAUAUGCUACUGACCGAGAUUCACGAAGAAGGAUUUCACAGAACCUUCUCUGAUUGUCAGCCUCUAUCCGUGAUUAUGGAAAACGAUCCACUGUAUUGCAUUGAGCUACCGCAGUUGAAGGAACCUACGGAGCAAGCGUAUAUCUUGCUAGUUUGGAUCAACGUUCUCGUAAAGGGGGAUCUGAGGCAACGUUUCGGCAGUCCGUACACGAUGCAGGUGUCACGCGAGACGUCCUACGAGGAUCUGCAGAAACUUCUGCUCAAGGAGAUGCACAGCACGCUAGCGGAUGACGUUCUCACAACCAGCCAGAGCCCGGGACUCUUUAAUAUCCGCGUUGCUGAUCCGGCGGCGACGCCGAUCCAAGACGAGCAUCCUUGUAUCGAUCCUUGUGUAGAGCAUCCUCUUUACACGGAGCAGAUCGAGCAAGCGUUGGCGCUUUGCGCCGACGACUCGGGUCCGCAACAUGUAAAGCUGAUCCUCGAGUGGGACGAGGCUACUAAAUGUAAUAUUAUACAGGACGACAGCGACCAGAUUGAGGAACACGCCAGCGUGAAACAGUUAAAAACUAAUUCCGAGCUGGGCGGCGCGGUAACUUUAGAGGAAUGUUUCGAUCUGUAUACGCGAGCGGAGAUAUUGGGCGCGGAAGACGCAUGGCAUUGUCCUUAUUGCAACAAGAAGCAAGAAGUCGUAAAAAAACUAGGUCUCUGGUCAUUGCCUGAUAUAUUAGUCAUACACUUGAAAAGAUUUCGUCAGCAAUCUAAGCAACGGUCAACGUCCAAAUUGACUAUGCUAGUGGACUUUCCUUUGUACGGUUUCGACAUGACGCCACAUCUCGCUCACAAUGGAGUUCAGGCAACGCAUAAUAACGUUACUAGUUUGGGCGGUCUAGGCUGGUCGCCCUGGAAAAAACCACGACCGCGGCAACACAAUAUCCCCAAGUACGACGAGAAUGUCUACGAUCUCUACGCGAUAUGCAAUCAUCACGGGCAGGAUCUACAAGGCGGACAUUACACGGCGUUUUGUAGAAAUCCAUACGAUACGCAGUGGUACUGUUUUGAUGACACACGCGUGGAAGCGGUCAAUGAUACGAAUCUAAUCACAAACUCGGCGUACAUGCUGUUCUACCAGCGAAGGGGUCUGUCCAAUAAUUCGACGGGAAAUUCGUCCGCGGCGUCGACGAGCUCGGCUGGUUCUGGUCUAGAUCACUGGGUAUCGAAAAUGCCACCGUUUUAUUUCAAUAAUAAAAGUACCAGUGACGUAACGAACAACAAGCAAAGUAAAUCCCAAGAGAUAUUAUGUCAAGAGAAAAUCGUCGAAGAGAAGAAUAUGACUAAUUUCACCAGAGGCUGCGGCAAUUACGCGACUCUGCAGCCAAAGAAGAGGAACGCAGUGACAGAAACCGAUAUUGGGCAGAUCGAUCAUUAUUCAGACGACGAAGCACCUUGCAGAAGAGAAUGGGCCUCCCCGAAACCUGUGCGCAAGACUUCAUCCAUCACGUUGACGCCACACAUACCGCCAGCAAUAAUUCAGACUGCUAGCAGUGAUCCGAAUACAACGGUGAUACACGAAUCCACGUUGUAACACACGAUAUAAGCCAGACUGAGAGGUCUGGCUCGAGCCAUGCUCAAUGUACAGUGCCUGGUGUGCCGUGAUGUUUGAACAACAUCGAGUGGCGAGAUUAAAAAAAAGAAGAAAGACAAUUCCGAUAGAGUAUAUAAAUCCGUUAUUUUUCGAUUACUGAACGGGGGAUACGACGCGAUACGUCGAGAGACUACAAAGGAUCGUUCCUUCACUUCGAAUUUAUAUAUAAAAUCGCUUUCUCAUGGACACCGAUGUGGAUGAUGAAUUUCAGCGUGCUUCUCUUUGCGCAUAUUUCGAAAGGUGUAACAAAUCUACACCCAAACGAUUUUUCGAACGAUAAAUAGAAAUACGAGGCAUUAGUAAUUUUUGUAAUUGUAAUACCAUGUUUGUAUACAGCUCGCGUGAAUUGUAUUAUAUGAUAGCAGCUAAGAUAGCUUUUUAAAAGAAAGACAAAUCUUAUACUCAGUAUAUGAAGAAUCGUGUAUAUUCUUAAGAGAAGGAAGAGAAACCUUUAGUGUUUAUAUUAUACAGUUAGAUAUCUUGAAUGCAAUAGGCAACUAAAUUCUACCUAUGUCCAGAGGAGGGAAAAGAUAUUUCCAGAUCGACAAACGUCGUUCGCAAAGUGUCAUCUUACAAUGAAAGUAUAUGACAAUAACGAAAAACAAAUUUGUACGUUACAAAUCCUGCAUUAAAAAUACACACCUCGUUUUCUCCACGAUUGAUCGUUUCUGGACAUACUGUGUAACUACUCGACCGUUGCUUUGAGAAUCUAUAUGCUUAUAACUGUAAUAUUUAUAUUAUACCUGUAUCAUCCACUAGUGGCCUUAUCUAAGUAAUUAAUACUGAUACACACACGUCACAUUAUUAAACAUAUUAAUCAUACGUAUUACAACUCACAACAAGCGUUUUAUUUUAGAUAUCGAGACUGUUUUUUGCGAGAGCCACCGAAUUGUGUAACAUUAAUUUCACAAUAUCCUUGUCUGAUUUAGGCAUCUCGUUUAGGAAACACUUGUGAAAGUUAUAGUUUAUAUCACAGCCUACAGUCAAGUUCUUCCAAUGACUGUGUGGACACAGCGAUCUAUUAAUGUGAAAAAUGAGUGAUCAAUUUCAGAGAACGAUACAGCUUUUCUACGUAACGGAGAACAAGACAAAUCUAUAGUUGGUUUCUUAUCUCGCGAUUGAAUUGACUUCAAUCUCUCAAUUUUAACAAUCAUUCCAAUCGGAUGUUGAGUAAAGUGCGAACGUGAGAACAAGCGCGAGCGUGAAAGCGAGAAUUUAUAAAUAUAUAUAUAUGUAUACAUAACACAAGAUUAUAUGAGUGAAAGAUGUUUAAGUUAUUUUAUCAAUUAACAUUUAUUACUAGUCACACGUAUCGUGGAUACGGGUAGUCAGUGACGAUGAUUAGAGUGCAAACGACGAAAUGUGUUUACUAUUCGCGGAUUAUGAUUUUAUAAGUUCCAUCAAUCGACUGAGGACGUAUACACAUAUACACACACAUACACAUUAUUAAAUAUUACUUACUCUUUCAUUGAAAUAAAUAGAGGAUGUAUAUGUAUAUAUAUAUACGGGAGAAAUGUGUCAUUCCACUUUUAUGCACGUUGCAGUAUCUACAUAUAACUUUGUCGCUCUUCGAUCUACGGCUCUCGUCGUUCGUUGCAUUUUGUUACACGUUUACAAAGAGAAGCGGGAAAAGAUAUCGUGAUAUUCUACAAUUCGUUGUGUUGGACCGUAUAUA